AUGGCGAUGGAAUGGUUACUAAAAUCAGUCGAUCAGAAUAAUAAUACGAAUGCCUUAUUCAAUAUUGGAUACAUGUUUGAAACUGGAUUGGGGAGAGAACAGAAUUAUUCGGAAGCUUUGGAAUGGUAUGAGAUGGCAGCUGAACAGGGAGAUCCAGAAGCUCAAUUUACAGUUGGUUUGUUUUAUGAGUUUGGAAAGGGAGUGGAGAAGGAUGAAGAACAAGCCAGAGAAUGGUAUUGGAAAGCAGCUAGAUGUGGUCAUGCAGAUGCUCAGAAGAAAAUUGAAUUGCUCAAUAAAUCAACUCAACAAUAUUAUCAGUACAAUACUUUUAACAACAGAAUAAUUUAUUCUUCAUCAGUAAUAUCGAAUAAUGAUAGCUGCCAUCGUUCAGUUUCACCACUUUUUAUGGAAAUAACUCUCAUAGCAAGUGUAAUGAAUGACAUGGUGAGAAUCACUAACAAGAGCACUGCACUAGUAUUUCUCGCCUUACUCUUUCUCUUAUAA